GAAAAAGUGCAAAACGUUGCAACAGAAAUAACAUCAAAGGGAGGAUGGGCGAAGUGGUACAGAUGUGAUGUUACAUCAGAAGAAGACGUUAAUGAAAAAGCGAAGUUGGUCCUUCAGAAUGUUGGAGAUGUCUAUAUAUUGUUGAACAACGCUGGUCUGAUGCAAAAUGUGCCUUUCUUGCAGCUUGACAGUGCCAAAAUAAGAAAAACAUUCGAAAUAAAUAUUAUAGCACAUAUCUGGACCAUAAGAGCUUUUCUUCCAAACAUGAUAAAGAAGAACAGAGGGCAUGUGGUUGCUAUAUCGUCUGCAGCAGGACUGAUGGGACACGUCAAUCAAAGUGAUUACUCAGCCUCGAAGUUUGCAGUAGUGGGAUUGAUGGAAGCCUUGUCUGAAGAAAUGAGGACUGAAGGGCAUGAUAUUCGAUUCACCACUGUUUGUCCCCUCACUGUGGAUACGGGAAUGAAUCAGAAUCCAAUUGCUAAAUAUCCUAUUUUAACGCCCAUUCUCAGCAUCCAAAAAGCCGCAGAGGAAAUUUUGCAUGCCAUCAGAACAGAAGAAUUUAUUGCUGCGUUGCCACGCCGAGUGUAUUGCUUCAUUAUUGGAUCGAAAUUAUUUCCAAGAAAAUGCUUUUGUGAAAUUAUGGAUUUCGUGGACUACUGUCGAAUGGCCAACGUUGCUUCUGAAAACUCGAAAACAAACAACGAUUCGACGCUGAAGUAAAUGAAGACCAAAAAAGUAUUUAAGCAGAGUUUCCCGAAAUCAUCAAUAACGUCACUAUCUUCGAAUUACAAAGAAGAAAUAUGGUACUGUGUCAAGAAAAAAAAAAAAAAAAAAAAGAAAAGAAAAACUAAGCAACUGUUUUUUUUUUCCAUUUGGAGGCAGGAGAACAUAAGUGCAGUGCGAAUCCGUUAUCAAUCCAUCUCGCUUUGUACUUUUCAAAAUUAAAUUAAAAUACCAUUACUUUUAU